AUGGGCUCAACAACGGAAACUGUGACCACUGCUCCUUCCGGAAGACUGUUCGCUCACGGCACAAACGUGAAGUAUGGCGACUUCCGCGAUGAUCUGCUGCAAAAUGGCUUCGCAGUCGUCAAGGGUGCUGUUCCCCGUGAACGGGCGCUGAGCUAUGCUGACGGCAUCUAUGAGUGGCUGGAGGGCUUCGGCCUGGGCUUCAAGAGAGAUGACCCAACAACUAUCCACAAGGAUCACCUUCCCGACAUCAACGAGAAGGGUAUGUGCUUGGGAUACGCCGUCUCCCACGAAUCUUUCACAUGGGGUGUGCGCCAAGAGCCCAAAGUCAUCGAGGCUUUCGAGAAAGUCUACGGUACUCAGGAUCUUAUUGUGUCCUUCGAUUCUAUUGGAAUCGGGUUCCCUAACCGGAAGGACAUUCAGCCAAACAAGCCUUGGCCGCAUCAGGAUCAGGACCCUGAGAAGCCUGGAUUCCGGUGCUUGCAGGGUCUGGUCAACUUGCUUCCUAAUGGGCCGAAGGAUGGUGGCUUGAUUGUAUGCAAGGGAGCGCAUUUGUUGAGUGAGGAGUAUCAUGAGGAAUUUAAGAAUGAGGAGGAUAAGAUUUGGUCUUGGACCAAAGAGUGGUAUGGCUUCACAGAGAAGGGCCUGAAGUGGUUGGAGAAUAAAGGAUGCGAAUGGAUUAAGAUUGAAGCCGAGCCUGGCGACCUUCUUCUUUGGGACUCACGCACUCCUCACUACAAUGUCUCAUCUGAGACAUCUCAGCCACGCUUCUGUGUGUAUACUUGCUUCAUGCCCGUCGCCGAUGCGACCAAGGAGCAGCUUCUUAUCAAGAAGAACGCCUUUGAGGAGACCAAGAUGACCACUCACUGGCCCAACGCGAUGCACGUUGUUGACCUGCCCGUUUACAGAAACGGAGAAGCAGACCCGUAUCAGCGCUCCUCUCCUCGGGAGCCGGUGCAGCUUUCUGAUCGGGGUUUCAAGUUGACUGGUAUUCCUUAUCUUGAGCAGAUGGCUUGA